GUAGUUAUUUCCAUUUACUUGUAAAGUGUUGGAAGUUUCUUGCAGUUUUGCCCAUUCUAAGAAAUCUCCCAAUAUUUUCCGAACUUUCAAGAUUCUUAAACCCUACACCCUUUUGUUUCUCUUUAUAUAUAUAUAUACUGCACCAUCGAACCCCCAACUUCAUCUCAAUUAACAAAUUAACAAAUUAUAAAACACUAAAGAAGAUCAUCAAGAUUUAAGGUACAUAGAAUGAGGAUGAUUAGCAAAUUGGCAUUGCUCAUCAUUUCAGUUGGUUGCAUUUUACAGGUGUCACCACUAGGCGCAGAUGGCUCAUCACUUUUACCAUUAAUCUUAGACCAAAUGAUGGGCAGCAGUCCUGCUAGUACAUUUCUUGAUCCAUUCAGAGUGUUAGAACAAAUACCAUUUGGAUUAGAAAACAGGGAGAAUCUGCCACUUUCAGUAGCGAAAGUGGACUGGAAAGAGACGGGAGAGGGGCAUGUGAUAACUGUAGACGUGCCAGGAUUGAAGAAAGAGGAUAUAAAGAUAGAGAUUGAAGAGAACAGGGUGUUGAGAGUGAGCGGAGAGAGGAAGAAAGAAGAAGAGAUAAAUGAUGACAAGAAUCAUUGGCAUUGUGCUGAAAGGAGUUACGACAAGUUCUGGAGACAGUUCCGUCUGCCUGAGAAUGCUGAUAUUGAUACACUGAAAGCUAAGCUUGAGAAUGGGGUGCUCACUAUUUCUUUUGCUAAGUUGUCUCCUGAUAGAAUUAAGGGUCCUAAAGUUGUCGCUAUUGAAGGGAAAGACGACUCCUCUUCUUCCGCCGUUAGAGAAGAGCUCUGAUUUUGAUGGAUUAUUCUGUUUUCGGUUCAUAAUCUGCUGCUUUAAUUUCGUGUUUAUAUAUAUAUAGAGAGAGAGCAUGUAACAACGGGGGUAAUGUGACCGGCCUAUGUUUGGUAUAUGUGAUAUGUGAUGAUGAAGGAAUGCUAAAUGUAAUCGUAAUUUUAUA